GCAGCGCUGGAGUACAUGUGAUGAUGCACAAUGAUGGAAAGAAGCCAGACACCGAUGUUCUCCGCUAGAUGAAGUGUGAACAGGCAACUAUUUGGUUCAAGGAUUUCUCUUCUGCAGGGAGGAGGACAAAACCUAAGGGCUGUUCCAGCACGAUGGGGAGGCGGAGUCUCCUGCUCUGCCUCGUGAUGGCAGCGUGUCUCUACGGCAGCCGCGCUCAGACCACAGUCUGCACCCAAGAGGCCGUAGCUGACUUGGUCUUCAUGGUGGAUGGCUCAUGGAGCAUCGGAACCGAGAACUUUGAUCAGAUCCGUCAGUUCCUCUACACGCUGGUGGACAGCUUUGACGUUAGUCCUGAUCACGUCCGGGUCGGCCUGGUCCAGUACAGCUCCUCUCCACGUACAGAGUUCAAGCUGAACACAUUCCAAAGCAAGAAAGGGAUCCUAGAAUACAUCAAGAGGCUACCUUACCGUGGAGGUGGAACCAACACCGGACAGGGCUUGGACUUCAUGCUGAACAACCAUUUUGUGAAUCCGUCCGGAAGUCGAGUAGAGCAGAAAGUGCCGCAGAUCGCCGUGGUCAUCACCGAUGGCAAAUCUCAAGACGAAGUGGCGCACCAUGCUGAGAGGCUGAGGAGCAGGGGGAUCAUUCUGUAUGCUAUCGGCAUCAAAGAUGCAGAUGAAAAUGAGCUGAAGCAGAUCGCAAACCGGCCACACAGUCAGUAUGUCCACAGCGUGUCAGACUUCUCCGCCCUGCAGGGGAUUUCUCAGAACAUCGUCCAGACGCUCUGCACCACCGUGGAGGAGGCCAAGAGGCAACUCCAGCAGCUGUCUCAAGAAUGUGCCAUAGCCAACAAGGCCGACAUCGUUUUCUUGGUCGACGGCUCCUCCAGCAUCGGCAUCCCAAACUUUCAGCAAGUUAGGGUGUUUCUGCGAAGCGUCGUCUCUGGCCUUGACAUAGGCCCAGACAAAGUUCGGGUCGGCCUGGCUCAAUUCAGUAAUGAGCCUCACAAAGAGUUCUUGUUGAAGGAUAACCUGGAUGCCUCAUCUCUACUGACUGCUAUAGACACAUUCCCCUACCGGACUGGAGGCACAAAGACCGGCAAAGCCAUUGACUUCCUGAUUUCAGAGUACUUCACAGAGGAGGCGGGGAGCAGAGCAAAUCAGAGGGUACCUCAGAUUGCUGUUGUCAUCACGGAUGGAGACUCGGAAGAUGAGGUGGAGGAGCCGGCCCAGCGACUGCGACAGAAGGGGGUGAUUGUCUUUGCCAUCGGGGUGGGCAAAGCCAACCAACAGGAACUAGAGGAUAUCGCUAACCAGCCAUCACAGCGUUUCCUGUUCACCAUCAACAGCUACCAGGCCCUGCAGAGGCUGACUAAAGGUCUGCUGCAAACUGUCUGUGUGUCCAUGGAAGACCAAAGACAAGCUUUGGCGGAAAAGUUUGCAGACAUCUUCUUCCUGCUGGAUGGUGGUAUGACAGCAUCUCAGUUUCAGCAGAUCAAAUCGUUCCUCAUCAGACUAUCCAGACAGCUUAACUUUGGAGAUUCUGCAUACCGUCUGGGCUUGGCCCAGUAUGGUCAAGAUAUUAGGGUGGAGUUUCUCCUCAACCAGCACCAAACCAAACAGGAGACCCAGGCAGCAGUGAGCAGCGUCCAACAUCUCCGGGCUUCAUCUACCGAACAACGAAACCUGGGCUCUUCCUUGGCCUAUGCCAGCGCUAACUUCUUCACCAAAGAGGCAGGAAGUCGUGCGGAUCAAGGCUACCGACAGUUCCUGGUUGUUCUGAGUGCGAAGGAUUCCAAAGAUCCAGUGUUUAAAGAAUCCCGCCUGAUCAAGUCAGCUGGCAUCACGGUGGUGGGGAUGAGCCUUGGAGCUUCCAUGGAAGAACUGAGUGUGGUCGCCACUGCGCCAUACAUUUACCGGGUCAAUGCCACCUUUGUUCCUCUGCUCAGACAAAUCUUUGAAGCAGAGGAACUGGAGACCUUUCAGAGUGGAGACUGCAAAGCUGCCAAACUGGCCGACAUUGUGUUUAUCAUUGACGAGUCGGGAAGCAUCGGCGUCCAAAACUUCCAGCUGGUGCGCUCCUUCCUGUACUCUAUCAUGAACGGACUUGAGGUCAGUCCAAGCAAAGUCAGAGUGGGGAUCGUGAUGUACAAUGAAAAGCCUACAGCGCAGGUCUACCUCAACUCAUUCAGGACAAAAGAUGAACUGCUAAACUUUAUCAAAAUUCUGCCCUACCGUGGGGGAGGCACAAACACAGGGGCCGCCUUGAACUUCACACGAGAAAACAUCUUUGUCACAGAGAAAGGAAGCAGGAAGGAUAAAGGUGUGGAGCAGGUGGCGGUGGUAAUCACUGAUGGAGAUUCCCAAGACGCUGUGAGCGAAGCAGCAACUGAACUUCGGCGUGCUGGAGUUACGGUUUAUUCAGUGGGAGUCGAAAAUGCCAACUAUGAAGAGCUGAUGAUGAUGGCUUCCUACCCUCCACAGAAACAUGUUUUUAUUGUGGAUAGCUUUACCAAACUGAAAUCCCUGGAGCAGAGCCUGCAGAAAACCCUCUGCUACAACAUCAUCCGGCAGGCGGUCUCAGUCGGUACGAGGAGAUCCAGUAUCAAAGAAGGUUGCAUUCAGACAGAGGAAGCCGACAUCUUCUUCCUCAUUGACCAGUCAGGGAGUAUUUAUCCAGCUGACUUUGUUGACAUGAAGAAGUUCCUCCUUGAGUUUAUAGAAACUUUCCGUAUUGGGCCACAGUACGUCCGUUUAGGUGUUGCAAAAUAUGCUGAUUCACCAACCCUUGAAUUUGAUCUGACGACCUACACGGAUAAGAAGACAUUGGAGGAAGCGGUACAGAGGAUCCAACAGGUUGGAGGCGGUACAGAGACUGGAAAAGCCCUGACGUUCAUGAGUCAGCUUUUUAAGACCGCCAUGACGACCCGCGGACACAAAGUUCCUGAUUACCUGGUGGUUAUUACUGAUGGUAAGUCUUCAGAUGAAGUCAAGGCUCCUGCGGAAGCUCUGAGGGCGCAAGGUGUUACCGUCUACGCCAUCGGAGUCAAGAGCGCGGACGUGCAAGAGCUGGAAGAGAUUUCCAAUGACCCUAAAAGGACGUUCUUCGUCAACGACUUUGAUGCUCUAAAUCCAAUCAAGGACGAUAUAAUCACUGACAUUUGUACUACCGAAGUUUGUAAAGAUGUACCAGGUGACCUGAUGUUCCUCGUGGACAGCUCUGGGAGUAUUUACCCAGAAGACUACGAAAAAAUGAAGGACUUCAUGAAAUCUGUCAUUAGCACGUCUUUUGUUGGCCAGGACAAUGUUCGUAUCGGCGUCAUGCAGUUCAGCGAUACCCAAGAGGUAGAGUUCAACCUCAAUAGAUACUUCACCAAAAAUGGCAUUUUAGAGGCCGUCGAUGCCAUGUGGCAAAAAGGUGGAGGAACGCUCACAGGUAGAGCAAUCUCGGAGGUGUCUCAGUAUUUCAGUCCAGCCCAGGGAGGACGCCCAGAACUGCAGCAGAGGCUUGUAGUGAUCACCGAUGGUGAGGCCCAAGAUGAAGUUAAGGCGCCUGCAGAGGCACUUAGGGCCAAAGGAGUUCUAGUCUAUGCCAUCGGAGUGAUGGAGGCCAACACCACCCAGCUUCUGGAGAUCAGUGGAUCUCCAAACAGAAUUUAUGCGGAGAGGGACUUUGACGCCCUGAAGGAUCUCGAGAGACAGCUGUCAUUGGAGCUGUGUGAUCCAGAGAGAGAGUGUAAGAAGACCGAACAGGCAGACAUCAUAUUCCUGGUGGACGGCUCCACAAGCAUAACGCUGCCCAAGUUUAGAAGCAUGCAGAAGUUCAUGCAGUCCAUGGUCAAUCAAACCACAGUUGGAAAAGCCCUGACUCGCUUCGGCGUCAUCCUCUACUCCACCAACCCCAACUCCAUCUUUACUCUGAAUCAGUACAGCACCAGACAAGAAGUUAUUCAAGCAAUAGCAGCUCUGCGGUCCCCGUAUGGAGACACCUACACUGGACGGGCUCUGACCUAUUCCUUACAGUUCUUCAGCUCUGAGCACGGAGGGCGGGCGGAGCAGCAGGUGCCUCAGAUCCUCAUGGUGAUCACAGAUGGAGACGCCACUGACCGUUACAAUCUGGCUGAGCCGUCUAAGGCCCUGAGAGAUAAAGGAGUUAACGUGUUCAGCAUCGGAGUGGAAGGAGCCAAUGUGACCCAGCUGGAGAUCAUGUCCGGUCAUGAUAAAUCAAAGGUUUUCUAUGUGGACAACUUCGACGCCCUGGAAACUCUCUACACGAACAUCACUAAGGAGCUCUGCAACUCCACCAAGCCAGUUUGUGAGAAACAGCAGGCUGACCUGGUCUUCCUGAUUGAUCAGUCUGGCAGUAUCGACCCAAAAGACUACACCAUCAUGAAGAACUUCACUGUUGAACUGGUGAACAGCUUUAAAGUCAGCCAGGAUUUGGUUCGCGUGGGACUCGCCCAGUUCAGCAGCGAAUUCGAGCACGGGUUUUACCUAAACGAGUUCUUCCAGGAGGUGGAGGUGUCCAGCAAAAUCCUGAACCUAAGACAGCUGGGUGGAGGCACCAAAAUCGGACUGGCUCUAGAUUCCAUCAGGGAAUAUUUUGAAGCUUCUCGCGGUAGCCGUAGAUCUUCAGGGAUCUCACAGAACCUGGUGCUAAUCACUGAUGGAGAUUCAGAAGAUGACGUCGAGGAUCCAGCCGAUCGUCUCAGAGCUUUAGGAAUCGAGAUGUUUGCCAUAGGCGUUGGUGACGUCCAUGACCUGCAGCUGCUGCAGAUCACCGGUGAUCCCAGGAAGCUCUUCACUGUGCAGAACUUUGGCAGCUUGGAUGCAAUCAAACAGAAGGUAGUAGACACCAUCUGCAAGUCCAAACCUUCCUCAGAUCCGUCUGAUUGCACCAUCGACAUCGCAGUAGGGUUUGAUAUCUCUCGACGAAAUGCUGAGACUUUAGUCAGCGGCCAAAACCAGCUCAGGAUCUACCUGCCAGAGAUCACCCAGUACCUGUCCUCGGUGCCACGUCUGUGUUGUACCAACGAAGCCAUCAAGACAAACUUAGGCUUCCGACUGGUGGGCAGAGAUGGACGCACCUUGAACGACUUCAACUUUGAAGUUCACAAUCCGGAUGUGGUGAAGAAGGUCAUGUCUACCAGACUGACGGAGCCCACCUAUUUCAACACGGCUCUGCUGAGAUCCUUUGAGAGGAAAUUCAAGGAACAGUCAGGAGCAGGUGUGAAGGUGCUGGUGAUCUUCUCAGACGGACUUGAUGAAGACGUGAUGUUACUGGAGAACGAAUCUGACAGGCUGCGGAAGUCAAACAUCAGCGCUCUGCUCGUCGUCGCUCUGGAAGGCGUCCGUAACGCCCCGCAGCUGCAGAUGGUCGAGUUUGGUCGAGGGUUCGGAUACCAACUUCCUCUGAGCAUUGGCAUGCCGAACGUCGGGGGAACCAUCCUCAAGCAGAUCGACGCGGUGUCGGAUAGAGAGUGCUGCAACGUCAUGUGCAAAUGUUCCGGAGCAGAAGGAAUCCGAGGCUCUCGGGGCCCCCCGGGGUCAAAGGGCGUUCGGGGACAGAAGGGUUACGCCGGCUUCCCAGGAGAGGAAGGAGCUGCCGGCGAACGAGGCCCCCCUGGACCCACCGGACCUCAGGGAGUCCAAGGCUGCCCUGGACUCAGAGGGCAGAAGGGAGGACGAGGCCUUCGGGGAGACAGGGGUGAAGACGGAGAGGACGGCCUGAACGGAGUGGAUGGAGAACAGGGAGAGGCUGGAAACAACGGAACUCGUGGAGAAGGUGGAAACCCAGGAAACCCGGGUAUCCCUGGAACCAGAGGCGGACCAGGGCUGAAGGGACAGCGAGGGCUGAGAGGAGAUCCGGGGGAACCGGGCAUCUCAAACACGUCCCCUGGAGCCAAAGGAGAAGCGGGAUACCCAGGUCUGCAGGGGACCCCAGGACUGGACGGAGUGAGGGGAGAGACGGGAUCCGAUGGAAGCAUGGGUCUACCUGGAAGACCAGGAAAUCCAGGAUCAAAGGGCGCCACCGGACCGAAAGGCUCUAAAGGAUCAGAAGGUAUCCAAGGGGUUUCCGGUGCUCAGGGUCCCAGAGGGGUCCGGGGUCCUCCAGGACCAGGAGGAGUCCCAGGUCUCCAUGGACCGCAGGGUGGGCCUGGAUCUGCCGGAAACAAAGGACAAGUGGGAAAGCUUGGAGCGACUGGACUGAAGGGCCAAUCAGGAGACCCAGGUGACCAAGGAGAAGCAGGACCACAGGGAGCCAGAGGAGCACCGGGUCCGGAUGGCAGCGAUGGUUUCGGACCUCCCGGAUCUCCAGGUUCAAAGGGAGAUGCUGGAUUCCCUGGUUAUCCCGGCCUGCUGGGGGAAGAUGGGCUGCAGGGGCCCAAAGGAGAACCUGGACGCAGAGGGAACCGAGGUCGACCGGGGAACUCGGGCCGACCGGGAGAAUCUGGAAUGUUUGGAGAACCGGGAUACCCAGGACACAGAGGUCCCAGAGGUCCUCCUGGAACCAGUCCUAUGACGGAGUGUCAGCUGGUCACCUACAUCAGAGACAACUGUGCUUGCUCCAUCGGCCAGGCAGAUUGCCCCGCAUAUCCCACUGAGCUGCUCUUUGGCCUGGAUAUGUCCGAUGCUGUGACACAAGCCGCCUUUGACAGGCAGCGCUCUGCCCUCCUGUCUCUGCUGGAAGACAUUCAUAUCGCAGAGAGCAACUGUCCGAGAGGUGCCCGCGUCGCUGUGGUGGGAUUCAGCUCCCACACCAAAUACCUGAUCCGCUUCCAGGACUACCGCAGGAAGACUCAGCUGAUAGAAGCAGUGCAAAACAUCGCCUUGGAGAGGACAUCCAACAAGCCCUACUUAGGCGCUUCAAUGCGCUUUGUUGGGCAAAACGUCUUCAAACGUGUGAGAGCUGGAACGAUGCUGAGGAAGGUGGCGGUUUUCUUUUCAAAUGGGCGGACAGAAGACGUGGACGACAUUGUCACUGCUCUAAUGGAAUACCGAGCUCUUAACAUCAUCCCAGCAGUUAUUUCUCUGACCAGGUCUCUUGAAAUAAGAAAUGCUAUAGAGGUUGAUGACUCUGGUCAUUCUAUCUUCAUACCACUGUUAAGGCAGGACAACCUGGUUAAUGACUUGAAGAGGAUAAAGAAUUGUGCAAUCUGUUAUGACCCAUGCAGACGCUCACAGGAGUGCUCUUUCAUCCUGGACCCGCUGCCGCCUCAGCAGGUAGAUGUGGACCUGGCUAUAGUUCUAGACAGCUCCGGGGAAAUGCAGGCAGAUGAAUACACUGGUGCCAAGCAGCUGCUGGGUUCUCUAGUGGAGCAGCUGGAUGUAAGUUCUCAGCCCCGCAGACCUGGAACCCAGGCUCGCAUUGCUGUGGUCCAGCAGAGCGGCACCAAGGAGGCCAGGGUGGAGUUCAACCUUCAGACUUACCAGAGUCAGGCUGUAAUGAAGCAACACCUGAUGGAGAAAAUGCAGCAGCAGAGUCGUUCCUCGGUUUUGGGACAAACGCUUGACUUCACCCUCAAUGAGGUGCUGCUGAAGGCCAGUCCGGCACGCAAAAGCAGGGCUAUGGUAACCAUGGUGGCCUCCCAGACAGCUUACAUGGACAGAGAGCGGCUGGACUACAUCUCCCUGAAGGCCAAGUGUGCGGGCGUGGCCAUGUUUGUGGUGGCAGUCGGUGAUCGGUACAACCAGACGCAGGUGCAGCAGUUGGCUGGUUCACCCACCCAUCAGCACCUGAUCCACCUAAACCGGCUGACGGCUGAGGAACAGGGCUAUGUCCAGCGCUUCUUCAGAGUCUUCCUCUCUGUCCUCAACAAGGGAAGAAACUCCUACCCUCCUGCUUCCCUGAGAGAGAUCUGUGCCAGGCCGAACGGUCAGGAGCAAGGACAGACCUCCUUAACAGAUAUUCUCGCUGACGCUGGGCAGCCUGAGGGGGAGGAGUUUCAGGAGCAGACCGGGGGCCAGACUCAGACCGACCUGCUGGACAUCAUCAAAACACCAAGCAGAGGAGACUGGCACGGAAUGGACCUGAAAGCCCGCUGUCAGCUGGAUGCUGAUAUGGGUUUCCCGUGUACCGACUAUGUCCAACGGUGGUUCUUUGACAGAACCAUCGCUGCAUGCUCCCCCUUCUGGUUCGGCGGCUGCGGCGGAAACGCCAACCGCUUUAGCACGGAGCAUGAAUGUUUCCUGACGUGUGGCGUCCAGAAUCCCAGCGUGAGGCUGCAGACGGAGACGACCAGCUUAACUAAAGACGCCUGCCUCCUCAACCAGGAUCCAGGCAGCUGCCAGGACUACACCGUCAUGUGGUUCUUUGACAACAAGCAGAACGAGUGCCAGCGCUUCUGGUUCGGCGGCUGCGAUGGGAACGCCAACCGCUUCCAGACGAAGGAGGAUUGCGAGAAGUUGUGUCUGAAGCAGAUUCUAUGAGGAGGACGAAGGUCUCAGCUGCAGGAGAACCCGCAGGACUGCAUGUCACCAGCAGAAGGCAUUUUCUGCUUCACUGUCUACGGGGCUCCUGAAGGGUCACGCUGAGAAGGUUUUCCAGCAAAGGUUCCGUCAGAUCCGCAAAAAAGAAAUUUGUUUGUGAAGAUCUUUGUUCCCCCUUAAGAAAAUCUUCAUCGUCUGAAACGCAGCUACAAGAAAACACAACAAACAUAAACGGAAUCACCACCAAACCAUCAGAGUUCUUCUUCCAGGAGGAAGAAUGAAGAGAUGCUGAGCAAAUGUCCUCUAAGUGAUGAUCUGGGUCCGGAGGCCGGAUCCUUCUUGGUUCUGUUCAGGCUUCAGCUGCUUUUUGAUCCAGAAUCAUCAGAAACCUUCAGUUCCUCUUUUAUACCUUCUUCAUUUCUGCUCGGACCAAACCAGCCUAAUAUGGGGGGAAUUUUAUUCCAUUAUUGUUGCCAAGAAAACAAUUUUUAAAAGAAACUUUGAAAAAUGUUUUAACCACUUUGAUUUUCUCUCAGAUUUUAUUUCCAACUAUAUUUUUCUCGAAUAUGAAAACAGCAAAGUUACUCUAAAAAACCUUUUUAUUUUUAUCAAAACUUUGCAUUUUUCAUACAUUUUGGUUAGUUUUUUUUUUUUUUUUUUUUUACAAAAAUGGAACUAAAGUCCCUCCAUACCAUAAUGAAUCAGAGGAACUGAAAUCCAGAAGAACUUCCAUUCCAACCUGCAACUUCCAUACGGCCGGUUUUCCAUCCUUCAGACGGAUGUUUUAAGUUCUUCUCAGAUGUUUGAACUUUAUUUGGAAAUGUUCCUCAGACCUUAAAUAGAAAAACCCUGUGUGACCCUUCAGGACCUCCGUAGAACUCCCCGGACCGCAACCAAAGACUCUCUGAUCAGGUUCUCCUGCUUCUCCUUGUACGACAGCGUAUCAGGGCCAUUCAAAGACGGGGGGAAAAAAUUGGAAUUUAAAUUUUUGAGUCUAAAGUGGCAUGUUUACGAGAAUAAACAAGCAAAUUUACGAAUAAAAAA